AUGGAAGCUGAUGCCAUUGCUGAUGGGUUUAAACAAAGUGUAGAACAGCACGGACUCAAAUACAAUAAACUAAUAGGAGAUGGAGAUUCAAGCGUUUCAAAAAGGCUUGCUGAAAUCAUGCCUUAUGGUUGUAGACUGCUUGUAAAAAAAAUAGAAUGUCGGAGUCAUUUAUUGCGAAAUUAUGGUACAAAAUUAACAGCAAUGACAAUAAAUAAAAAAUAUCCAAUUCCACUAAGAAACCAUAUAAAGGCAAAUAUUUUACGUUUUAGAUAUGCCAUAACUAAGGCAAUUGAAUAUCGUAAUAGUUUACAGGGGCAAUCAGAUAACGAAAGAGAAGUUGGAUUACGGAAAGAUAUAAAUAAUAGUUUUCGUCACAUUUUGGGUAGUCAUGAUCGAUCGGGUAAACGUAUAAAUUAUUCUCAAAGAAAUUCAUACAAUUCUCGAGUUGAAGCUGCAGUAAUAUCGUACAAUUCAAAUGGACAAUUUCUUCGUUUAUUACACAAAAAUAUUGUAAAUGAUAUAAGCCCAGGUAUUAUAGGAAAGAAAUUCAUAACAUCGACUGAAAAAAAAAGAGUACAAAUGAAAUCUAGAAAACAUCUUUUUCCAACAAAUAUUAAGAAAAAAAGUCAUAUUGGCCCAGAUGAACAUUAUGGUUUGGCCGAACCACUACCCGUGGAAGAAAAUAUGUCUAAAGAAACAUUACAAAAAUUAAAAGAAGAUUUUAUCAGUUCUUUGCGAUUAGAUAGAAGUGGUCGUUUAAAUAUUGAAACACUAACUAGACAACAGGCUAACUCUCAAAUUUGGCAUUCUGAACGAAGAAAUAGACUUACAACAUCAAAUUUUGGUCGUGUUUGUAAAUUACGACCAACCACGUCUUGUAAAAAAACAGUGUACGAUAUAUUAUACCGAACUUUUUUUUCAAAGGCAACUGAUUAUGGUAAAGCCACCGAACCAGAAGCUAUUGUUGCGUUGGAAAACAUAUUAAAAUGCAAAGUUAAUCCAUGUGGACUUAUCAUUGAUGAACAUUUUCCUUACUUAGCAACAACUCCAGAUGGUAUAAUUGAUGAAGAUUUCGUAGUUGAAAUCAAAUGUCCAUUUGCAGUCAGAGAUUCAAUUACAUUUUUGGAAGCGAUAAACUGUAAAAAACUAUUAUUUUGUCGUCUCAAUGACAAUGGAGCUAUGGAAUUAAAAAUUGAUCAUCAUUAUUAUUAUCAAGUUCAGGGACAAAUGCACAUUUCUAAACGAAAAUUCUGUUAUUUCGUCGUCCACUCAAAAAAUUGGACGGAAAUACAAUUAAUAAAUUACGAUGAAUCUUUCUGGGACAACAAAAUGAUUGACAAGUUAAAAAUUUUUUACAUGGAAUGCUUACUACCAGAGAUAAUCAAUCCUCAGUAUGGAAAACGUUUGCUAGUAGAUGAUAUAAAAGAUCCUGAACACAUUUUGGAAAAUAUUAAAACAAAAAACAACAUGAAAAAUAAUUUGAAAUAA